UCGGACUUUUGAUGCCAUGGACGAUUUCGUGUUGUGUGUACGCUUAUAUGUGUUUUGACGAGUCCUGGACAUCAUAGACAAAAAUAAAGGAAGUAAAUCUUCAUAGCUAUCAGAAAAUGACGUCAACCUCUGUAGAUCCAAGUGGAAAGGAAAUAGGCCAUGAACAGAGAAUGAUCAGCCUCAUCCAGAAAGCUGGCUCCAAAGGGGUAAAUGAUGCAGAUAUUCAAAAGGAAAUCCCAGUUUUAUCUGCAGAGCAAAGAGUAGCUAUCAUAAACAAAUUUAUUGCUCAGGGAUUGCUUGACUUGUUCAACUCAAAUGCCGGACUCGUAUAUAAAAUAAAAGAAUCUGGCAGUGGUUCUUCUGAUAGACUGAAAGGAGCAGAUAAUGAAGAAAAGGUUGUUUACGGCAUUAUUGAAGAGGCUGGCAAUAAGGGUAUUUGGAUACGUGAUAUCAGGUUUAAAAGUAAUCUCAUGAUGACAACUUUGGGAAAGAUACUAAAACAGUUAGAAGGAAAGAAAAUGAUCAAAGCCGUUAAGUCCGUGUCUGCAAGCAAGAAAAAAGUUUACAUGCUGUAUAACUUGGAACCCGACCGCUCACUGACUGGAGGGGCUUGGUACUGUGAUCAGGACUUUGAGGCUGAGUUUGUAGAUGUGCUGAACCAGCAGUGUUACCGAUACUUGCAGCAGCGCAAGGAGAAGACAGGCCCUGUGGCCGCCAAGAGUGGACCUCUAGUGGCUCAGACGAUGGCGUACGCCACAGCUACGGAUGUGUGGAAGUUCAUCACAGAGCUUGGCAUCAGUAAGGUUCAACUGUCGGAAGAUGACAUCAAGACAAUCCUGGAUACAUUGCUUUACGAUGGUAAAGUAGACCGGAUUUUAAAUGUGAAUGGAGAAUAUCUAUACCAAGCCAUGGAAUCCUACUUGCUUCCUCCUGGCAUCGUUCGCAUGCCUUGUGGAAUUUGUCCUGUGAUGCGGAAUUGCAGUGAUAUUAGCGCAGUCAAUCCUACUAACUGUGCAUAUCUAAGUGAAUGGUUAUCUUAAGCCAAACAUUAUUUUUGUUACUGUUAUAAGACUAUAAAAUCUUUUUUAACUAUU